ACAUGGGUUCGAGUCUCGCUGGCGGCGCUAUGGCGCCCAAGGGGUUCAAAAUCCGCCGACCCAGCGCGGGCCGAAAAUACGGGGUGGCGGCGAGGGGCCUGAGGGAGUUGCUUUCCAAGGCUUGCCUCCUCCUGCAGCUGCCUCUUCCUGGCUCUCGGUUGUGUCUGUACGAGGACGGCACAGAGGUGACGGAAGACUAUUUCCAGAAAAUUCCAGAGAAUUCAGAGCUGGUCUUGUUAGCCCCAGGAGAGGACUGGCAUGGGUAUGUGAGUGAGAUCCAGCGCUUUCUUCACGCGUUUUCCACCCAGGCGGACGCCGUUAUUCAAGCGGCUCGGGGACUGCUUUCCUCUGAGGAAGCCCCUGGGAGGCAGAAGCUGCUGGCAGACCUUAUUCAGAAUCUCAGUGAAAAUAUUUCUGCAGAAACCAGAGAUGAAGAUGAGAGCUGGUUUGAAGGGGUCGAAUCUCGCUUCAAGACGAAGUCCAGUUAUAUGCGCUACAGCUGUGAGAGCCGGAUCCGUGCUUACGUGCAAGAGGUCAGCAGCUACGCUUCGGCCAUCCACCCUCCCGUCCAAGCAAAAUUCAAACAGAUUGUGCAAACAAUGCUGGAGAAGUUGAAGCUGGAGAGGUACAAUGGCUGCUAUUUCGACAGAAGUGAGAGCAAGAAGGUCUGCCUUUGCACACCUGAGGGCUGGUUCUCUUGUCAGGGGCCUUUUGACGCUGCCGGCUGCCAGGGCAGACACUCCAUCAAUCCCUAUGGGAACAAAGAAAGCCGCAUCCUUUUCAGCACCUGGAACCUCGAUCACAUGUAUGUUGCAGGGCCUGAGCCAACAGGGCGUCACCUUUGGAUUGAGCAAAUGAACCUUUCCCUUGUCGUGGAGCAGGGAAUCGAAAAAAAACGGAUGGUUCUCCCAACAUUAGCCAAAGCCAUUGAGGGCUGCGAGGGCAGGGAAGUGGACUGGGAAUAUUUCUACCGCCUGCUGUUCACUGUAGAGAACUUGAAACUUGUUCACGUCGCCUGCCACAAGAAAGGCACCCACAACCUCAGCUGUGACAAAAAGAGGAUCUACCGCAAACAGAAGCAGGCCCGCCGGAUCCGGAAGUGAUGCCUCCGGGAGGCCGCACAACGGGUUCUGGGCUGGUGACAGGUGAGGUGGGCUGGCCAGCUCUGCAGGCCCCUCACGUGGGGGGCCGGGUGGGUGUCCAGGCGUUCUUGCCCCUUACCCUCGCCAGCCCUCUGCGCCUUUGCCGUCACCCACGUGUCAAGCAACGCAUUCCCCGGUGAGGCCUUCCAGCGUUACGGUUUUGAUCCUCGCAUCAGUAUGUUGCUACCUGUGUUAGUGGCGGCGGCGGCCAUCGCCCACCUCGGAGAAUGCAGAAGCCGCCGGACCCUGACUUUGCCUUUCUACCUCUCGCAAAGCCCGGCUCGCCUCCUGUGCUCUCCAUGAAGGCCAAACUUCCCUCACAGCCGAUGCGAUGACGGGCCACCCUCCCGCUCUCAGUUCAGGGCAGUGCUUCACACGCCUGGCGGAAGCGGUGGGUGCCCAGGGAAGCGGUGGGGGGCCCUGCUGCCAGGUCAGUCCUGCUCUGUGGUGGAUCCCCUGCUCUGCGUGCGGCGUUUGCAAGUGCGGCUGCUCAUCUUCCCCCAGAGAGGGGUGCCCUGGGGGCUCCGUUCCUCUCAGCGGGGAGAACCGAUCAUGGUUAUUUGGACGCCGUGGUUCUCCAUCUUCGUUUCUGAAAACAGUGACUUCACAGAAACCUUUUUCCGUGUGGAGGAGAAAACAGCCAUAUUCUUGGGCUUCCAAAGGCAGUUUAGUAAUUUUAUAAUGCAGUGCGGUCGCCUUUCGGAAUGUGUUAACGAGAAGCGCCUGGUGCCUCCGCGUGGACACGUACUGCUGGUUUGGCAUGCACUGUCGUAUCAGCAUCUUCUGGGCCUCCCAGCCAGAAGCUUGAACCCCCAGUGAGCUGAAGGGCAUUCACAAGUGCACCUGCGGUUGUGCUGUUCUUGCCCCAGAACUUGUCUGAUGGGCAGAACUUAAGCUGUUGCUGACACAGUGGCAUGCCGUGGUUCCCCUCAAGCUCCUAUCAUCCCCGGCCAGCCCAUUCAGUGAUUCUGCUGUCUAGAAAUGGUGAAAAUUGUAUUCUGCGCAGACGGAGAGUCCCAGGUUGGCUGUGGAAUGGCCAACGAGGGCUUCCUUACCAAAGAGUAAGUAAAUGGAAUUCACUGGUCUCACACCAGUUUUGUCCUCAGGAACUGAAGAUGUUUUACAUUUUAUUAAAGUGUUUUUGCAGUC